UGGGACGCGUGUAAAUGUAAUCGAAUGUGGCAUUGCCGUAAUUUAGGAGCCCUUCUUUUGGAUGCGAUUCGCUUAUGCUUUUCAUAAGCGCCCAAUUCCUCACUCCGACACCACAACAAUAACUGAUUAGUUCUGCCCCUUUCGUGACAUUUCCCCUCUUGCCCCCUCAGACGUUUUCCCGCCAAUCCCGUGGGUCCAGCGCCGAGAAAUUUCCGACUUCUGCCGAAGAUUCCCGAACCUUAAACCGUCGGCCAGCCCUUUCCUAUCGCUGCCGAAGAUUCCCGAAAUUUCGGAUUUUCAUCCCCUUCUCGUUAUGGAUAGGAAGUCAAAUUAUAUCUUUCACAUAAUGUGAUUGCUUUCACAUAUUUGUCCUCCUCUUCAUCUUUGUCAAGCGCCAGAUCAUGAGGUUCGCCAUGAAAUCCCGGAGAGGCCCCCAUGUCCCCAUUGGGCACAACGCGCCCAAGGACCUGAGAGAGGAGAUAGACCGGAGACUCCUAAAGGUCCAGGAUCUCGACUAUGAGCCGCAGCUACUUGAUGAAGAUGAUGUGCGCUUGCUGCAGCUGCAGGACCCAAGAACCCAAGGUCGCUAUAACUACUUGUACAGGAUGAAGGCUCUGGAUGCCAUCCGGCACAUUGAUAUUCCACUCAGCCAAGGCUCCGAUCACGGCAAACGUUUGACUGGAAGGAGUUUCCAUACCUUCCUGCUGGAGCUGCGAGAAGGCAACUCGCCCUACCGAGGGGUCCGCAAGAACCUCAUCGACAAGCUGAUAGAUGGCUAUGAAGCAGCACGAUAUGGGACAGCGGCCUUUGGAAAAGCAGAGUAUCAGAAGUACCAGCAUGCAGUGAACGAGCUGGCCUCCAUCCUGCAAGCCCGGGGUGCACGGAGCCAGGCCCAGCACCAGAAUGCGGCCAAGGAUUUGACCCCUGCUCCUGAGGCCUCCUCGCCAAGCACCAUCCAGGUCACUUACCUCCCGUCCACCAAGAACAAGAGAGGCAAGCAUUUUCUCGAGCUGAAGAGCUUCAAGGACAACUACAAUACACUGGAGAGCACGCUGUGAUGAUCCUGCAGCCUGCAUCCGAGGUGACCCACUGCCUGAGAAAUGUAGGGAUACGGAGAUUUUGCCAGGGUCAUGAGUUUUGUUAGCCAGUGCAUCCUGAAGGAGACCUUCCAAGCUGCAAGCUCUCUGAUUUUGGCACAGUCCACACUGGUGGAGAUGAGUCUGUCACUGUAUAACACUGGGGUACAGUACCCAUGGAGAUGGGUCUGUCACUGUAUAAUCCUGGGCACGGGUACAGUACUGGUGGGGGUGGGCCUGUCACUGUAUAACACGGGUACAGUACCCAAGGAGAUGGAUCUGUCACUGUAUAAUACUGGGGUACAGUACUUAGGAUGGGCCUGUCACUGUUUAAUGGGUACAGUACCCAUGGAGAUGGGUCUCACUGUAUAACACUGGGGUACAGUACCUGUGGGGAUGGGUCUGUCACUGUAUAACACUGGGGUACAGUACUGGUGGGGAUGGGUCUGUCACUGUAUAACACUGGGGUACAGUACCUGUGGGGAUGGGCCUGUCACUGUAUAACACGGGUACAGUACCCAUGGAGAUGGGUCUGUCACUAUAACAUGGGUACAGUACCCAAGGAGAUGGGUCUGUCACCAUAUAACGGGUACAGUACCGGUGGGGAUGGGCUUGUCACUGUAUAAUGGGUACAGUACCCAAGGAGAUGGGUCUGUCACUGUAUAAUACUGGGGUACAGUACUUGGGAUGUGUCUGUUGCUGUGUAACAUGGGUACAUUACUGGUGGGGAUGGGCCUGUCACUGUAUAACACUGGGAUACAGUACCUGUGGGGAUGGGUCUGUCACUGUAUAACACUGGGGUACGGCACUGGUGGGGAUGGGCCUGUCACUGUAUAACACGGGUAGCAUACCAGUGGGGACAAGUCUCACUGUAUAACACCGGGGUACGGUACUGGUGGGGGUGGAGCUGAUGCUGAAGACUACUGGUGAUUUAUAGACACUUGGUUUCGACGUCCCUGUCUCAGUAAAGCUUUAGGCCUCAACAUCUCCACUGCCUCCUGGAUGGCACUCCAUGAAAUCCAGCUCUCCAGAAUGAGUGUCUGGUGUCCUCAGCUGUUACUUUCCUGUGGUCCGCUCUCGUGCUGUGUAAAUGGAAGUGACUGCGUUAACAUAAAAGUGGGUGGGUCCUGGGCAUGUUUGUCCGGGUGAAAGUCACACUGCCUCUUCUGCACAGACUGUUCAGUGCAGCCCUCUUGCUGACAGACUAACUCGUCUGCUUUAAAUAAAGAUGCCAGGUGUGAACAAGGCAAAGUGUUCACCUGCUUUUAGUUCCCAGUCUCGGUGACGGGAUGAGGGACAUGGGGAAUGUGGUGGCCUGAAGUUCCUUUUUUCUGUGUUGUGUGACUCUAUUCAGUGGGAACGCCCUCACCACGGUUCAGUAGGAUGUCUAGCCCUGACUUCUUGAGGAAAUAAAUACUGGCCUUCCUAGAGAUUCUCAGAUACUGAGAAUUCCCAUCCACAUUCUUGCAGCAACACAGAAAGCGCUGGAGGAAUUCGAUGGGUUAGUGGGGGGAAACGGUCAGUCAAAGCUUCAGGUCAAGGCCCUACAUUUUCUCUCCCCCUCCCCCCACCCAACCAUAGAACAAGCUGGGGUUCAGCUCUGAAUUUGUAGGCUCUGUUCCCAGCUAAGUUAAGCAGGGACCCGUGCAGUUUCACAAUACUGCAGUCCCUCCUCCAUGUCUGAAACUGCGCAGAGGGAGUUAGAAAUUGGCCUUUGUUGAUCACUGUCGGGUCACCCCGCUAUAGUGAGAGGAGAAUGUAUUGUCCUUUGACUAGAAGUACAGGUUACCUUGCAACCCAUCUCCAAGGUCCAGUUCCUCAGGUAGUGGAUUUGGUUUUACACCUGCGUUAAAUUUUGGUUAGACUAAUAGAGCUGGUCUUUCUACACACACCCCUUGAGAGAAUUUACAAAGGGCAAUACCACAACCCAUUCUUGAAGGGUGUACAGGUAAGCUUUGGGAAAGUGAAGCUGUUGAGGGGAGAGGUAGAGAACGUAUUUCCAUUUGGACGAGAGAUCUAAAAGGGAGCCUAUAUCGGUUUAUUAUUGUCAUGUACGGAGAUCCAGUGAGAAGCUUUUACAUGCUAUCAGGCUGAUCGUAAGUAUCUUGAAGUACUAAAAAGAAAAUCGCAAUGCAGAAUAUAGUGUUGUAGGCAGUGCAGAUAAACAAAGUGGAAAGGCCACAACAAAGUAGAUUAGGAUUAACUCGAUGGAAUUAAUCUUUGAAUGAAUGAGAGUGUCGAUAACAGCAGGAUAGAAACUGUCCUUGAGCCUGGUGGUAUGAGCUUUCAAGCCUUUGAACCUUCUGCCUCAUGGGAGAAGAAAAGUAAACGUCUGGAGUAGGAGGGGGUUCUUGAUUAUGUUUCCUGAGGCAGUGGGAAAUGCAGAGGGAGUUAAACUGAGGAGAGACAGGUUUUCCUGAUUGACUAGGCUGUGUCCACAGAAAUUUCUUGCAGCCUUGGGCAGAGCAGUGGACGUACCAAGCCAUGGUGCAUCCAAGUAGGAUCUGUACAAAUUGGUGAAGGUCAUCAGGGCUCUGCCAGAUUUAAUGAAUCCUAUGUCCUGAAGGGACAUAUGGAACUCACCCAAAUGAUUGGUGGGGGGGGUGGGGAAGCUGGGAAAAGACAAGGGACUUUGAGCAUAUGAGAGCCUGCUUCUGUGCUAAACAGUUUGUGGUAUUGCUAAACCACAUACCUUUUGAGGAAAAUCCUCCAUUAUUUGAUUUUCUUUAUUUUAAAAAAAAGGGACUUUGUAACAUUUUUGAUGAAAUGUGAUGGGCGUUAGAGAAGUAUAGGAACAAAAGAUCAGCCAACAUGAACACUUCUAAUUUCUAGCUGGUAUUAGAUUCCAUAAUACUGCUAGACAUCAAGGCUCUGCAGGGAGUUUGUGUGGAGUACUACCAUCUAGUGGUCAUAUCAAUCAACAGCGUCAUCUCCUGCCUUGUUUACCAUGGAAUUCAAGCUUAAUUUGUUCCAUAUGCACAGUUGGUGGUUUUAGUUAUGGCUAGUGGAGACCUGAAUGUCUUUGACACUGGCUAGAAGAUGUUGGUUAUGAAUUCUGUGUCUCUAUAAGUCCUCAUUCUUUUUAGAGGAUACAGACUGCCCUAUUAUUCUUGGAAUCAGCUGCUCUUGGGCAAGUACAUCCACCUUUGUUUCUCCGGGAACAAAUUCCUCACCGCCCUUUUUAUCCCCUCACUCAUAUCUAGAAAUGGGAAACCUGAGGUGUACUUCAAUGCUGUUUGGUGUUUCCUGUAGGGAGCUUUACCAUCCUGCCUUAAAGCUAUCUGCCAUUCUCUGCAUCAGAUUUGAAUCCUAGCACUCCCUCUCUGGUAGUGCAGUCACUCGAGUUGAGUGUAAUGGUCUCCAAGGGAUUCUCUGAGGGGUGGGGUUGUGUCCUCAGAUGGCUGUAGAGGUCAGUCUGGAACUACAUAUUCUGGUGUAGUGUAGACACGAGUAAGUGGUGGCUGUGGUUAGUGGUUGGGCCUUGAGGUUGUUCAGUCUCUCCUUUUGCUACUUCAGUUCUUUGCGACACAGCAGAGGUUGCUCUCAUGUAGCACAGCUCUCUCUUGAAUAGAUUUCCUCCAGAUGUAUCUAUUGAGUACAAUGUCUUUGCACUUUUGAGAUAUAAUGUUGAAUUUCUUCAGGCUGAUUUUGAUGUUAUCUUUAAAACGUUUCCUUUGCUCACCAGGGGCUCACUGACCUUCAACAAGGGAGUAAAGGAUCUGGGGAGAUGUGAGCUAAGCAUCUGGAUGACAUGACCUAUCCAUUGGAGUUUGUGUUGCUUUAUCAUGGUGAAGAUGCUGUUCAUCUUAGCCUCCUUCAGUACGUCACUGUGUCCUCAAAAUCUUUCGUGGAGAUCUUUAGUGGUGGUAUUUUCCAGGGCUUUCAGGUAUCCAUGAUUCAGCUCCAUACAGUAAUGUAAGAAGGACCUAUAGACCAAAAAUUUGGACCUGUAGAUCAGUCUUCAAAGACUCUUCCUUAACCUUGCAUAGGCUGCACUACCACUACUCAGGCAGUGGUUGAUCUCUGAUUCAAUGUCUGCUUUUGAUGAGAGAAUACUGCCAAGGUAGUGAAAGUAGUCUACAUUUUCAAGGGUGAUAUCACCACCUUUUAUGGAGAGCUGGUUGGGCAGUGGCUGAUAUAACACCUGUGUCUAUUUUUGUAUUCAAAACAAAACAUUGGGCUCUACCUGCCUUGGCAAAGAUAUUCAAGAUACCUUGGAGGUCUUCUUCAGAAUGUGCUGCGAUGGCAUUUUUCAUCUGCAUACUGAAGUUCCAUGAUAAUGGUGAUGCUGAGCUUGUUUUGGCCUAGAACUGGUUGAGGUUGAAAAGUCUGGGAUCCACUGUGACUAAACUUGGCCAAUAAGGUGAAGGGUGGCAGCAAUAAAGAUGGCAAAUAAUGUGGACACAAUGAUACACCCCUGUUUGACUCCUGUCUUGACAGAGAGGAAUUUGAAUUCAGCACAUCUAAUGCUGAAUUGGUUGGUUGCCCAUCCUGUUGGAUGUGGUUUUCAUUGAUUCUACUGUGUUUCUUGUAGUUGCUGUGAAUGCCCGCAAGAAAACAAACCUCAGGUGACAUACAGUACUGUGCAAAAAUCUUAGGCUCAUGUUUUUUAAAAAAAAUGUAAAGCGAGUAAGCUUUCAAAAUGAAAUGAAAAGUUUCUAAAUAUCAAAAAAAAAUUACUAGAAAGGGCAGCAAACAGUUUAUAUAUUAAAAAAAACUGAAUCAAAUUAAUAUUUGGUGUGUCCACCAUUUGCCUUUAAACUGCAUCAGUUCCAUUGGGUACACUGUUGUGCAGUUCUAUAAGAAAAUCAGCUGGUUGGUUGUUCCAAGCAUCUUUCUGCAGAAUUUGGCUGUCUUGCUUGCUUCUGUCCCUCUAGACAGCCUCGAUGAUGCUGAGAUCAGGGCUCUGUGGAGGCUAUCCCAUCUGUUGCAGGACUCUUAUUCUUCUGGAAAUAAUUCGGAAAAUGUGGAGCUCGGGUGGUAGGUGGUUGGGUUGAGUUGUUCUCCGAUCCUGGCAAUUUACUUGCAAAGGUUUCAUCAUCAUACGAAGAGACUUCAGCGCACUGUGGAUUGUGGUGCGUCCUCCUAAUGCUUGACCAUUAUUUACGUAUAUCAUCUGAUUGGUCUUUACAGAAUUGGAAUGUGGGGAGGAAAUCUCGUAGCUGAUUGGUUGUGUGGCGAAUUUUGUGUGUUGUGUAGCAUUUUGACUGCUUUGAUUCAUAAAUAGGACUGAGGUCAACAUGUCUGUUUACAGAAUUGUUCACGAAAACCACGCUUCUAGGAAUUCUCUAACAUACUGUGUGUUUGCUUGCACCGUGACUUUCACUGAUGCCCAGUUGAAUUUGUGCUCCUCUCGAUCUUCAUGAUUAGAGACAGGGAGAGUUGGUUGUGCCAACUUACAGCCAGUUGGUGUUCAUGGACCCUUGUCGAUAGUUUUCUCCCAGUUUGACCGACGCAAUAUUUGCUGCCAUCCUUGCAUUGGAUUUUGUGGACUGCAUUGGUUCGCUCUUUUAAUCUGAAAAGUACUCUCCCCAAUGUUGCUGGUGGCUUAUCGCAACUGAAAUGCUAUAUUCUUGGAGCAGUUCAUUCCUGAGAUAUUUCAAAUGUGUGUUCUUUUCGCUGAAUAUCGUUCUUUACGACCUUGGUCGUGUAUUUGAGGUUAUCGUCCUGCUGCAGACUGAAGUUGGGACCAACCUCCCUGAUGGUAGUGCGUGAUGGAUAAGAAUCUGCUUAUAAUUCUCAGCAUUGAGAAUUCUAAUAACUCUGACCAGAUCACGAACUCCAUUUGCAGAAAUGCAGCUCCAAACCUGCAGGGAACCUUGCCAUGCUUCACUCUUGGCUGUAAACAUUCAUCCAUGUAGAGUUAACAUAGAAACAUAGAAAAUAGGUGCAGGAGUAGGCCAUUUGGCCCUUCGAGCCUGCACCGCCAUUUAUUAUGAUCAUGGCUGAUCAUCCAACUCAGAACCCCGCCCCAGCCUUCCCUCCAUACCCCCUGACCCCCAUAGCCACAAGGGCCAUAUCUAACUCCCUCUUAAAUAUAGCCAAUGAACUGGCCUCAACUGUUUCCUGUGGCAGAGAAUUCCACAGAUUCACCACUUUCUGUGUGAAGAAGUUUUUCCUAAUCUCGGUCCUAAAAGGCUUCCCCUCUAUCCUCAAACUGUGGCCCCUCGUUCUGGACUUCCCCAACAUCGGGAACAAUCUUCCUGCAUCUAGCCUGUCCAAUCCCUUUAGGAUCUUAUACGUUUCAAUCAGAUCCCCCCUCAAUCUUCUAAAUUCCAACGAGUACAAGCCCAGUUCAUCCAGUCUUUCUUCAUAUGAAAGUCCUGCCAUCCCAGGAAUCAAUCUGGUGAACCUUCUUUGUACUCCCUCUAUGGCAAGGAUGUCUUUCCUCAGAUUAGGGGACCAAAACUGCACACAAUACUCCAGGUGUGGUCUCACCAAGGCCUUGUACAACUGCAGUAGUACCUCCCUGCUCCUGUACUCGAAUCCUCUCGCUAUAAAUGCCAGCAUACCAUUCGCCUUUUUCACCGCCUGCUGUACCUGCAUGCCCACUUUCAAUGACUGGUGUAUAAUGACACCCAGGUCUCGUUGCACCUCCCCUUUUCCUAAUCGGCCACCAUUCAGAUAAUAAUCUGUUUUCCUGUUUUUCCCACCAAAGUGGAUAACUUCACAUUUAUCCACAUUAAAUUGCAUCUGCCAUGAAUUUGCCCACUCACCCAACCUAUCCAAGUCAGUCUGCAUCCUCUUAGCAUCCUCCUCACAGCUAACACUGCCACCCAGCUUCGUGUCAUCCACAAACUUGGAGAUGCUGCAUUUAAUUCCCUCAUCCAAGUCAUUAAUAUAUAUUGUAAACAACUGGGGUCCCAGCACUGAGCCUUGCGGUACCCCACUAGUCACCGCCUGCCAUUCUGAAAAGGUCCUGUUUAUUCCCACUCUUUGCUUCCUGUCUGCUAACCAAUUCUCCACCCACACCAAUACCUUACCCCCAAUACCUUGUGCUUUAAGUUUGCACACUAAUCUCCUGUGUGGGACCUUGUCAAAAGCCUUUUGAAAAUCCAAAUAUACCACAUCCACUGGUUCUCCCCUAUCCACUCUACUAGUUACAUCCUCAAAAAAUUCUGAGAUUCGUCAGACAUGAUUUUCCUUUCACAAAUCCAUGCUGACUUUGUUUUGAUGAUUUCACCGCUUUCCAAAUGUGCUGUUAUGACAUCCUUGAUAACUGACUCCAGCAGUUUCCCCACCACCGACGUUAGGCUAACCGAUCUAUAAUUCUCCGGUUUCUCUCUCCCUCCUUUUUUAAAAAGUGGGGUUACAUUAGCCACCCUCCAAUCCUCAGGAACUAGUCCAGAAUCUAACGAGUUUUGAAAAAUUAUCACUAAUGCAUCCACUAUUUCUUGGGCUACUUCCUUAAGCACUCUAGGAUGCAGACCAUCUGGCCCUGGGGAUUUAUCUGCCUUCAAUCCCUUCAAUUUACCUAACACCACUUCCCUACUAACAUGUAUUUCGCUCAGUUCCUCCAUCUCACUGGACCCUCUGUCCCCUACUAUUUCUGGAAGAUUAUUUAUGUCCUCCUUAGUGAAGACAGAACCAAAGUAAUUAUUCAAUUGGUCUGCCAUGUCCUUGCUCCCCAUAAUCAAUUCACCCAUUUCUGUCUGCAGGGGACCUACAUUUGUCUUUACCAGUCUUUUCCUUUUUACAUAUCUAUAAAAGCUUUUACAGUCCGUUUUUAUGUUCCCUGUCAGUUUUCUCUCAUAAUCUUUUUUCCCCUUCCUAAUUAAGCCCUUUGUCCUCCUCUGCUGAACUCUGAAUUUCUCCCAGUCCUCAGGUGAGCCACUUUCUCUGGCUAAUUUGUAUGCUGCUUCUUUGGAAUUGAUACUAUCCCUGAUUUCUCUUGUCAGCCACGGGUGCACUACCUUCCUUGAUUUAUUCUUUUGCUAAACUGGGAUGAACAAUUGUUGUAGUUCAUCCAUGCAACCUUUAAAUGCUUGCCAUUGCAUAUCCACUGUCAAUCCUUUAAGUGUCAUUUGCCAGUCUAUCUUAGCUAAUUCACGUCUCAUACCUUCAAAGUUACCCCUCUAAGUUCAGAACCUUUGUUUCUGAAUUAAAUAUGUCACUCUCCAUCUUAAUGAAGAAUUCCACCAUAUUAUGGUCACUCUUACCCAAGGGGCCUCUCACGACAAGAUCGCUAAUUAACCCUUCCUCAUUGCUCAAAACCCAGUCCAGAAUAGCCUGCUCUCUAGUUGGUUCCUCGACAUGUUGGUUCAAAAAACCAUCCCGCAUACAUUCCAAGAAAUCCUCUUCCUCAGCACCUUUACCAAUUUGGUUCACCCAAUCUACAUGUAGAUUGAAGUCACCCAUUAUAACUGCUGUUCCUUCAUUGCACACAUUUCUAAUUUCCUGUUUAAUACCAUCUCCGACCUCACUACUACUGUUAGGUGGCCUGUACACAACUCCCACCAGCGUCUUCUGCCCCUUAGUGUUACGCAGCUCUACCCAUAUCGAUUCCACUUCUUCCCGGCUUAUGUCCUUCCUUUCUAUUGCAUUAAUCUCUUCUUUAACCAGCAACGCCACCCGACCUCCCCUUCCUUCAUGUCUAUCCCUCCUGAAUAUUGAAUAUCCCUGAACGUUGAGCUCCCAUCCCUGGUCACCCUGGAGCCAUGUCUCUGUGAUCCCAACUAUAUCAUAAUCAUUAAUAACAAUCUGCACUUUCAAUUCAUCCACCUUAUUACGAAUGCUCCUUGCAUUGACACACAAAGCCUUCAGGCACUUUUUUCCAACUCUCUUAGCCCUUAUACAAUUAUGUUGAAAAGUGGCCCUUUUUAAUGCUUGCCCUGGAUUUGUCGGCCUGCCACUUUUACUUUUCUCCUUAGUACUUUUUGCUUCUACCCUCACUUUACACCCCUCUGUCUCUGCACUGGUUCCCAUCCCCCUGUUGUGAACUAACCUCCUCACGCCUAGCCUCUUUAAUUUGAUUCCCACCCCCCAACCAUUCUAGUUUAAAGUCACCUCAGUAGCCCCCGCUAAUCUCCCUGCCAGGAUAUUGGUCCCCCUAGGAUUCAAGUGUAACCCGUCCUUUUUGUACAGGUCACGCCUGCGCCAAAAGAAGUCCCAAUGAUCCAAAAACUUGAAUCCUUGCCCCCUGCUCCAAUCCCUCGGCCACGCAUUUAUCCUCCACCUCAUCACAUUCCUACUCUCACUGUCGCGUGGCACAGGCAGUAAUCCCGAGAUUACUACCUUUGCGGUCCUUUUUCUCAACUCCCUUCCUAGCUCCCUAUAUUCUCCUUUCAGGACCUCAUCCCUUUUCCUACCUAUGUCAUUGGUACCUAUAUGUACCAUGACCUCUGGCUCCUCACCCUCCCACUUCAGGAUAUCUUGGACACGAUCAGAAAUAUCCCGGACCCUGGCACCAGGGAGGCAAACUACCAUCCGGGUCUCUGGACUGCGUCCACAGAAUCGCCCAUCUGACCCCCUUACUAUCGAGUCCCCUAUCACAACUGUCCUCUUCCUUGCCCUACCCUUCUGAGCUACAGGGCCAGACUCUGUGCCGGAGGCAUGGCCGCUGUCGCUUCCCCUGGGUAAGCUGUUCCCCCCCCCCCCCAACAGUACUCAAACAGGAGUACCUAUUGUCAAGAGGCACAGCCACUGGGGUACUCUCUAUUACCUGACUCUUUCUCUUCCCCCUCCUAACCGUGACCCACUUGUCUGCCUCCCGUGGCCCCGGUGUGACCACCUGCCUGCAACUCCUCUCUAUCAACUCCUCACUCUCCCUGACCAGAUGAAGGUCAUCGAGCUGCAGCUCCAGUUCCGUAACGCGGUCCCUUAGGAGCUGCAUCUCGAUGCACUUGGCGCAGAUGUGGACGUCCGGGAGGCUUGGAGACUCCAGGGCCCCCCACAUCCGACACCGAGAACGGCAAACUGCCCUCUCACUCAUACUGCCCCUCUCCUCAAAUAACAACAGAAAAUGAAUGCCAAACCUUCCUCGCCUUGCCCGUUUCCGGCUAAGCCCAUUGAGCCGAAGCCCUUAAGUCUUCACUCUGCUCCCGGCUAACUAUGCUGCCCGCUCUGAUGCUCUGUUCCUUUUAAAUCUGCCGCGCUGCACUGCCCGACGUCACACGCCUGCGCAGUCCCGCCUCUCAGAACGCCGUUGGAGAAAAAAAAUAACGAAAAUUUCCCAAAAAUGUCUUUCUCAGCACUCCCACUCAGACUCUCAGACUCCUUCUUCGAAUCAAACCUGAAGCAGGAUGUCUGCCCUUUUAAAUCUGCCGCGCUGCACUGCCCGACGUCACAUGCCUGCGCAGUCCCGCCUCUCAGAACGCCGUUGGAGGAAGAAAAAUAAUGAAAAUUUCAAAAAUGUCUUUCUUGGCACUCCCUCUCAGACUCUCAGACUCCUUCUUCGAAGAGUUCUCCUGCUCUUCUACGUCCUGUGUCCUGUUUGAGCCAAAAAUUUAAAAAUUUGACUUGGUCAGUCCAGAGCACCUGCUGCCAUUGUUCAGCACCCCAGUCCUUGUGUUUUUUGUGCCUAGUUGAGUCUCUUGACUUUGUUUCCACUUCAGAGGAAUGGCUUUUUGGCAGCAACUCUUCCUUCCAUGAAGGCCACUUCUGACAAGCCUGCACUGGUCGGUAGAAUGGUGUACUUGGGUUCCAGUGGUUUCUGUGAGCUUAGAGCUGAUAGCAGUGCUGGACUUCUUCCAAUUUAGAUUGGAGGUCAGUUUGAUGUAUCUCUCAUCUGCUGUAUUGUUUCCAUGGCUGACUACAUUUCUGGUCCUCUUCCUUGCCCAGUUCUUUGUGCUUCUUCGGAAGAGCUUGGACACACAUCUUGAAACUCCGCCAUGAAGUUUCUGCUUGGGGGUGACCUUGCUGAUGCAAGAUGAUCAUUUUGUGUCUUGCUCCUGUGCCCACUCUUCCCAUGGUGUAAGAAUUGAUGAUUUGGUUAAACUGUCACAUCUACCACACCCUCACCUUUUACCUUUUAGUUUGGUUGUCCUUCACCCAGUUUGAUGCCUUCUACAUUCAUUUUUGUUUUAGUUAAAAUCAGGUUAGUUCAUUCAACUCGUUAUGUUAUUGAUCAUUAGCACCUGUUUGCACUGGGCUACAUAUCUACAAACUAAUCAAGCUUUUAUUUGAAAAGUGGUCUAUUACUUAAUACACAUAAAAUGCUGAAAGAACUCAGCAGGCCAUGCAGCCUUUAUGGAAAAGAGUGAACAGUUGAUGUUUUGGGCCAAGACCCUUUAUCGGGACUUAAGAAUCUGCAGAUUUUUCUCCUGUUUGCUAUUACUUAAUGUUACUUUCUUUAAUGAAAUACAAAUAUUCCUCUUAACAUUUAAUUUUUUGUAAUGUAGAUGUUUGGAAAUCUAAAAUUUGCUCUUUUUAACUGACACAUUAAUGCAGAAGACAAAAAACAAACAUCUAGAACAAUUUAUAUUUAAGAAAAAUCGUGGGUCCGGUACUUAUGACUUCUGCACAGAACUGUAUAUGUACUUUGAUAAACUUUUAUUGAACUGUGGGUACUGUAUGCCACCAUGCAGUAGGCUCAGUAUUUGUAAGUGCUUGUCAGGACAGCCAUGCACCAGGGAGCUUGGCAGUCCACUGUAUCAAAUGACUUUGUUAAAUUUAUGAAAGCCAAGUACUGGUGACAUUUUUCCUGUAAUUGGCAUGCUGUGAAGAUCAUGUCUACAGUGGCACCUCUAGAUGGGUAGAAACCACACUGAUUCUGGGAGCAGUACUAUGGAAAGUGGAAGGAUUCAGUUGACAAUUAUGUGUGCAAGCACUUUGCCUGUUGUUGACAGUAGGGAGAUGUCUGGUAUUGCCACAAUCUGUUUAGGAUAUGUUCACUAUUUGAGCAUCCCUGAGCUCAGAGUAAUUGUUCCUAUUCCCAGACCUGCAGGAGCAAGGCAUGCAUGUGGUGCAUGAGUACUCGUUCUCCUUCCUUGAGGAUCUCUGUAGGGACCAGAGGCUUGUUGCUUUUCGGCUCCUGAUGGCAUCAUGAUCUCUUUCAAACUGGGUGGUUCUCUCUCUCUCCCCGCCUCCCCCCAUGUCUUCUCUGUAAGGUCUCUGGAGGAUUUGAUUAGCAGUGCUUUUGCGGUUAAGAAGUUCUUGAAAGUACUCUCUCCAUCGAUCUUUAAUAUCCUCCCGAUACUUAUGGCCCACGUUCCUGUGGAUUAAACCUCCUGCACUCAAAGAAUGGGAAGAACUUGCUAAAAGGUCGGAAGGACAUCAACGGUCAACUCCCUCUUUACAGUGCGGUGGGGGCACUUCUACCACACAGGGACUGCAACACUUCCAGGCUGUUGUUCAUCUCUGACUGCUUAGAGCCAUUAGGAUUCGGUGCCAGGCAUUCCUCCUGAGAGGGCAGUGUGAUGGGUUUGAGCAGCUAUCAAAAGAAGUUCUAAGAUAGCCGUGGUCAUGUCAGGGUUUGGAACAGAACAGUACAGCCCAGUACACAUCCUUUGGCCCACAAUGUUGUGCCGAACUUUUAAUCUACUCUAAGAUCAAUCUAACCCUUCCCUCCCACAUCCAUCACCCUACAUUUUUCUUUCAUCCAUGUGCCUACCUAAGAGUCACUUGCAUGUCCCUACUGUAUCUGUCUCUACCACCACCUGGGACAGGGCAUUCCUGGCAAGUUUAGUUUUGUAUCUGGACUGAUCUCAUAGUGACUUUCCACUAAUACCUGAAAACCCCUGUCAGCCAUUAUCCAGAACUUUGUCACAAUGAUUAGUGCAUCUUGCCACUUCCCAUGGUUUGUCCAACAAAGUGCUAAGACUAACGUGGAGUGUUUUUUCUCAGAAGAGUCGUUGGUCAGAUUUAUUGUUUUCUCCUUUGCUAAAGGUGUGCUGUCGAUUUGUGCCAGUACUCAAUAUUUUCCAACAAUUUGUCUAUCAUCAGGGUCAAACUAUAGUUACUCUGCUGCUUGCUUCCUUCCUUUGAGGUGGAGCUGCUUUACAGACUGCAGGCCUAUGAUGCCAUGCGUGUAGACAAAACCCAAAAGUCUUACCAACACAGAAAAUGCUGCAAGAACUCAGCAAGUCAGGCAGCAUUUUUGGAGGGGAAUAAACAGUCAACAUUUUGAGAGGGGUUGAGAAGAGAGGACCCUCCAUCAAUCUGUAUGAUAUUGAACUGUCAACCUUCUCUUUAGUUGUAAAUUUGAACUAAGACUGUGUGCAACCUGGAAAAUGUAUUUAAGCAAAAUGCUCAAAACAAAAUGUACAAAAAUAGUCUGAAAUGGUAAAUUCUGUAAAUAAUGUAAAUAAAUAGUAAUUGACUGGUAUUUAGUGUAAUGUUAAUACUUGUUGUGAUUGCAUACACCGUUCUCCAGAAAGGGUGUCUCUUCCCCCCCACCCCCCCCCCCCCAUCUCAGUAAAGAAACAAGGUUGGUGGUUAAAUCCAAAACUUUGUGGCAAAAGUCAGCACAGAUUCUGGGAGGAGGGGGCUUCUCCUCCUUACAUUCCACAUGAGGGCGAUUAUGGGUAUUUAUUUAUUGAGAUACAGUGUGGAACAGACCCUUCCAGCCCUUAGACCCACACUGCCGAGCAACCCCUGACUUAAUCCUAGCCUCAUCACAGGGCAGUUUACAAUGACCAAUUCACCUAUUAACCAGUAUGUCUUUGGACAGUGAGAGGAAACUGGACCACCUGGAGAAAACCCAUGUACUCCACAGGGUCCUUCUACAUGAGGUUGGAACAGAACUCUGAACUCCCAACGCCCCAAGCUGUAAUAGUAUCAUGUUAAUUGCUAUGUCACUGUGGUGCCCUUCAACCAGAACCAUGGAGGUUGGUUACCAAUACCAACUGUUGCUAUCUGGGAGCUGCAGUGUUGAUCCAUGCUGUUUGGGCUUAAGCACUGAAUUUCACAG